AUGAAGAAGAGACGACUUUCAUCUACUCUUCGAAUCUCAAUUUUCAUUGACAGUUUUACAGGAAAGUCCGAUACUUAUAGAAGUAAUUGCUGUCAGAACAAUGUUGCUUCAUGGGAAUCUCCUCCAAAUUGUGUCAUCAAAAUUAAUGUCGAUGCGGCCUUUAAUAAUGGUGAUGCGGCAGCAAUGGUUGUGGCCAGAGAUUCCUUUGGAAACCAUCUUGGAAGUGGUGUUAUUUGCUUCAAUACCAUAUCUUCUACUGUUGCAGAGGCUAAGGAUUAUGGAUUAGGUAUUCAUCUAGCAAAAAGACUGCAAUUUUCCAAAAUUAUCGUGGAAGGGGAUGCUUCAGACAUUCCUAAGUCUAUAAAAGGGAGUACGAAUGAGAUACCGUGGAGUAUUCGUUCAACAAUUCUCUCUAUCCGUGACCACAUCAAGGAUUUUAGUGAAAUUAGUUUUACUUCAGUUCCUAGAGAUGUCAAUUCUCUUGCACAUGAUUUAGCUCAAAGUGCAGUCCCUAAUAAUGUAAACAGAUGGUGGUCUUAUGAUGAACCACCUAAUUGUAUUAUGCAGCACCUCACUUUGUUUGAGGAUUAA